AUGAAACCCCACAAGAAAAGCAUCCGAGACUUCUUCUCUCCCGUACCGACAAAUUCCACAAGUGCUGCUGCUUCGCAAUCGACCCUGCCCCAGAGAAAUGCAAAACAUGCGCCUACCCGUCAGUCUAACCCUCCAAAAUCUUCUGCAGCCCUCCCGGACGCCGUCUCGCACGUCACUCACCCCCCGCUUUCCUCGUCGAAUCCCUCCGUUUCGACUGCGCCUUCCACAACAAGAGCUGCAAGUGCCGAUGCGCCGCCCUUUAACCCCUCUCAGACAUCCGCAAAUUCAGGCACAAGCAGGCGAAUAGAGUCAAAUGGCCAGCAGAUGGUCUUGAAUUCCGACUCGGACGAUGACUCGCUCCCCGACCUGGACUUUGGUAUACCCGUGACAAAAGUCAAGGCCUUGACUACCAUGACCACGACACGUUCAAAACGCACAUCCGAAGAUCAAGUAGAUGGAUUACGCAAGCCCGUUAAGAAGGCGAAAGGCGACAGGAUCAACUUCAGCGCACUAGUACAAACAGCCCAGAAGAACCGGGAAACAGAGCGACAGAUCCUGGAACACAAGACUGCUCUCGAGACACCUCUGGAGAUACCCGUGAAUGCAUCCAUUACAAUAAACGAAGAGACGCUUGGCCAAGUCGUAGAUGAUGAUGAUGAUCCGGAGAAGGCGCACCGCCUCUUCCAGGCUAUGCAGAGAACGAACGCUACGCAGCUAGAAAGCACUUUCCAUUUUUUCAAAGACAACUCAGACUCGAACUCAAUACCAAUGCGGGCCGCAUUUCCCAUCAGAAGCUUACCCAACCAUCGAUGGGUAUCGAACUUUGAAGACUCGUACGCCAGGGAUCAAGCUUUCAUGACCGGCUUCGCUCAACAGAUAUUUCAUCUACAAAAGCUGCCUCCAGAGCUAGCUUCUUGGAUGAUUGAUCAGAUUUCCUCGAGUCGGAAUGAGGCGCUCAAUUACAGGUAUAUCGAAAUCCUGGAGUCUGAAAAACAUAAUAAGCAUCUCUACACGCUUCUUGACUCUACAAGACUAGAAACAUUGUUUAGGGAGAUAGGCGCUGAUAUGGCACAACUCGAAGCGUCAACCGAACUUACGCCAGUCUUUGUACCACGAUCCGAAACCAGAGUCUCGCUUCCGCUGCCUUUAAUCUCUAUCGCCAAGCUGCUUGAGCGAGCAGCACCAUGCUUGCAAUCGGAAACUCGAAGUCGUGCGCUAUACAUACUCAGCCACGUGUGUCUUGAUGAUAGAGUCAUGGCAGAUGCUGCCAUUCUGCACACCAUACAGGACGCUAUGGGAGCUAUUGUAUGCAGCUUUGCUAACAACCACAAGCUGGCCUCCGCUCUCAGCGAUGUCGUCUCUCAACUACUUGCAAAAGUGACGCAUCCUUUGCUCCAAAGAAACUUGAUUCGUUCUUUUCCAACGACAUCGCCGUUGACAGCAUAUUUGCAACGUCAUCUGGCCCUCGCAUUUCUAGUUCACCCGACUCCAGUCGACGUGCCACUUUCGGACCCGAAGGUUUCCGACAUCAUCUACAAGCAUAUGAAGAACUCGCCAAGUUUCCAAGUAAACAAGAAUACGAACUACAGUCAUCUCGCUGCACGGUUGGCUCUUCUUGAUAUCGCUAUUGGGCCCGGUUUAUUGGACGUUCCUUACCAACCCCUAUCAAGUCCAACGACUUCAGAAGCAGGCUCUUCUCCAGUCAGCGCUCCAGUACCUGCGUCAUCUGAGGUGAGAGACUUCAACAACCAGGUGGAUGCACUUGCUCGAGAAUUUCAGCUACUUGGUAAUUCUAUUGUCGAAGCUGGCGCUGUAGUGGAUUUGACCAUCAUGGACACGAAGGAUUCUAUAGAGAGACUACGCGCACGACUUGAGCACGCCGUACGGAUAGGCGGAAAGAAGGCUCACAACGUGUUUGGGAAUGAUGACGAGGAUACACAGCUCAAAGUCAGCAAGUUCUUCACGAAAAGAAUGCAGAACUGCACCCCAGCACCAUUACGUGGCAUCUUCGAUGGAGAGGACGACGUGUUGUCAGACGUCGCGGAUUCCACAAACACUUGA